AUGCCAACUCAAGCACAACCCUCUUUAUCGCCAUGCCCCUUCCACAAAGACGAUCAGCUCAAUGGUGAUCUCGAUGCAUCGCUCGAUUAUCUGCCAGGUCAUCCUCGGAUCAAGAUGAGCGACAGUAAGAAAUUGUUUGACUUCAUUCGCCAGGAAGUCUGGUCAGAGGACCUCGAGUCGAUAUCGGGCAGACUCUGGUGGAUGUCGAAGCAGGAUGGCAGUAAUAUCUCUCUAUUGCAUCGACAGCGAGUGAAGGGCCGACAGAUCAUCGUGACCGAGGAUCCUCGGCUGCAUCUCGUCUAG